CCGUGUGGAACGUUUUGGACACUGUUGUUUCGCGAUAGUGCGUGUCUGCUGCCGGUGUUUUUUUAUUACUUCAGUGCGUACGAUCCAGUCGCGUCGUUUUGUACAGUGUGUGCCGCUGGUAGAACGUGUUCACAUUGCCCAUCCAUCAACUCCGGUAGCGUAUCAAUCAAAAAUACCAGCCCAGCUAGUUGCAUUGAGCAAGUAGAUCAGCUUCUACAAGCGCGAACAAGGUUAGCGAAGACAUAAACCAUCAACUGCAAAGGAAUAAAGCGUUUGCCGCAAGAUGUCGCACUCGGUUGUUAUAACGCGUACAACUACCACCACCACCAGCACAUCACAUGUAGUACUCAACACGGGCUAUCUUCGUACAACGCCCGGCCUGCUAAAGCUUGCCCAAUUGAUCAUUGGCGCGGUGAAUGUCGGUCUGGUUGCGUACUACAUCCGGCGCUACCCGACCUCGGGUCUGCCAGCAAGUGCCGAGUUCUUCUUCCUGCUCAUGACGGUCGCUUUCCUGAUCGGGACGUUCUGUCUGCUUGCAUCAUGUCUCGUAUCGCUCAGCACCGGCGGCAUCAUCUCGAAGACCAUCUAUGAGCUUGUCUAUCACACGAUCGCGUUCCUGCUGUACCUCAUCGCCUCGAUUAUGCUGCUGGUUGACGUCACCAACGGGCGAUAUUAUCACACGAUCAAAGAUGCGUAUAUGGCCGCCGCGAUCCUUGGACUGAUCGUGUCCGCACUCUACCUCUUCAGCGCACUGCUCGCUCAACGUUCCUACCGGGGCAUCUAAGGAUAUGGAUAUCUCUCGCCCAGUCUUCCAUCAUCCAACGCGCAAUUUCCAUCGCAUCCCACGCUCGCAACAUGAAUUAAAAAAAUCAAAGAAGGGUGCAAAAUUCCUCGCUGACAUGUG